AGAAGUUGUACCUUCAACCUCAGGUUCGACCUUCUCCUUCGUCUUUUCGCCAUUUUGAAGUUGUAAUCCCGCCUCUCCUGAUUCUUUACAUCAACUCCCGUUCACUACAUUCUCUCUGGUCUGCAUAAACUCGGACAUCGCAUCGAAAUCAUCACCGUGCCUUCUUCGUUUUAUUACUUCUCUCUUCAAACCACACUGCGCAGUUUCCCAUCAUUGGCAAACGUCUGUCGCUCAUUCGGACAAGAGCUCCUUUCCCACUAGAGAAAUACUUAAUUACGCCCACACGCAUAGUCACCACAUACGCAUCUCUAUUUGCAUCUUCUGUUUCUUGUCUACAGCUUACCAUCACCAAAACUGCCUCAGUUUUGCUGGUCUCUGCCGGCAAACCGCGUUUGAUACGACAUCCUUCAAAACUGAUACAUUGUUAGCCAGUGCAUCAGUUGUGUGAUCAUCCACACAAUCGACGGUAGCAACACUACUAUUAUCGCAUUAAUCAGACCUGCUUGGAUCGCUUUUAUCCCUGAUUUACUCUUGUAAUACCAUUACGAUCGCCCUAUUUUAGAGGCCAUCAUCCAUUCCUUAUUCAGACUUCAUUUCUAAUCCUUCUUCCGCCACCGUUUGCAUCUGAAUUAGCAACAUCGAUCUCUCAGGGCCAUUAAUCCUUUGAUAGUUCGCAGCAAUUCAUUUAGUUUGAGCAUGGACGCCGGCGGUCUCGCUCAAAUGUCGCAUAACGGUUACGCUUCGCCUUCUGGCUUGGGCAUGCCCACUGGAGGCUUGGCAUCGCGUCGUGGUGGUGGCCAGAACAUCAAACCGCUGUCUUUCGAUGCCAUUAAGGGUGCCUCGGACCCCAAAGACAACGGAGCUCCAACCCCACGGACUAGCCGAUCUCACCUGCUUGCAGGUCUCAGAACGGCCCCCAAGUCGGCUACAGCGACUUCGUUCGCUGCCUCGGCCACUUCUGCCGCUCCUCCUCGUGUCAUGAAUAGGAACAGCAUUUCUGGAAACAUGUACGGCAGUCAGGAUAAUGCGUACAGUGGUCCGAAGACAUCGCUUCCACGAUUCUCGUCCCAGCAGCAAAUGCCACCUCAGCAGCAGAAUUACAAUCCAAUGGUGAACAUGGGCCACCAACACUACACACCAGAACAGAUAUUGGCACCUCCUGAGCUUCAUCUCGAUGAGCAGGUCCAGGAUCAAAUGGACCCUUCACUCUAUGCUCAGUUGGUUGCAACUAAUAUGUAUCUGGCUCAGCAACAGCAACGCUUGCAGCAACAGCUCCUCAGUGUUCAAGCCGCUGCUCAGCAAUUUCAGGCCAUGAACCUGAGUGGCCAAUCGGUAUUACAGCAACAAAUGGCACUUCAGAACCUUUACCAUCAGCAACAGCAGUUGAAGAAUUUGCAGCAGUCCAUGGCCACGUCCCUGCCCACUCCACAGAACUUGUAUGCAUACUACGAUCCUUCGACUGGCCAGCAGGUGUACUAUGUCGACCAGAACGCUUCCCAGGCGACCAACAACUAUGUGGACCGCACUCCUGCCACUCCUCAGGUGUACAACCGUCAACAGCAUAGCCACAACAACAGUACUCCUCGGGUUCAGGUCUCGCCCCCUCCUGCAGAGAAUAACCCUCCCGCCUUCCGAACCAAUACGCCCCCCAAGAAAGUAGAACAAACACCAGAACCGAUGCCUCUUCCGCCUCCAUCUGCGAAUGCUUUCCGUCGAGGUCAUAAGAAGUCAUCGUCUUUGGCGAAUUCUAACAAGGGACUGUCUCUGUCCAUGGACGAUGCUCCCAAGUCGGCUGGCCCGAAGACGGCUUCUUUCCCAUUGUCGCCCAUGGUUAAUGGCGGUUAUGGUCCUGGUCAGGGUCGUGCUGGUGAACACCCAAUUCGUCAGCCUCGCGGCCCUCCCGCGCUCGACGAGCUUCGAGCAAAGCCUACUGCCAAACAUGAGGGCAGUAAGAACUUCGCUGCCCGAACUCGCCGCUCAGCUGUUCACAACCUUGUUAAGGCUGGGUUGGUUAGGCGCAAGGGUACGGGCAGUAGCUGCGGAAGCAUGAGCCCCGUAUCUGAGUGCGCCGAGGAGGUUUGCAGUCCACUGACUGACAAUGAGUCUGAUUCCGGGCGUAGUGGCUCGGGCAGUCUCUCCGGCGACGCUGAACCAAGUCUGGCUAGUUCUAGGACUUCUACCAGCGGUAGUUGGGGGGCUAUUGGCUCUGAUCGACCAGGCUCUCGUCAGAAGUCGCGAAAGAGUGUGGACAGCUUAUCUAGCACUGGUGAAGGUGAGGGUAGCUUUGCGAGUGUUUUCAAGAAUGGAUCUCAAAAAUCACCAAAGACCGACUCAACUGAUGGGCAGCGAAAAGCACCUAUGCUCGUGCUUACCAGCGCUGAGAAGCGCAAGGGUAGCGUCGCAGUAGCUUAAGGCUUAGCCGGACUAAUUUUUCUUUUCACGCAAUAAUGAUCGCAUGCUCCCGACGUCUUUGUCUUUUCACGACUAUUGCGAUGGAGUGGUAGAUCCCUCUAAGCAGAGAUUACGCAUGAAGGGACGGGACUGUAUCGGAGAACAGAAUGGCUCUUUCUUUCCGCGAUUUGACUUUUUAUUUUGGAGGGCACUGGAAUCUGGUUUCGAGGAUGGCGGCAUCCCCAGACGUUGAUUUUCGUUUGCAAUACCAAUCUGAGCCCAGCAUCCGGUGGUACGCUUCUUUGAGAGGACUUGGCGGCUUGGAGAGAAUAAAUCCCCAUAGGUGGGAUUCUUUUUGCUGUUCAUACUUCAUGUCAUUCUCUCAGACAAACCACACAUGAUGUUCACUUCUCAGUACGUUGCGUUUGGAGGGAACUCCGAUGAGGGAACAUCUCACUUACGACCCUUGUGGAUGCCUCUUCCCUUACAAAUUGUGUAGGCUGAUGCUCAGCCUAAUGAUCAUGGCAUUUAAAUCCAAAGAGGCAAUUGCCCCCAAUUCCUUAGGUAGAGAUCAAUGGCUCAAUGGGAAUGUCGUCCAUAUUUCAUCUUAA